GAACUUUUUGUGUGGUGAACUCCAUCUAGAUAUCUUACCAUUUGUACUCACACACACACGCCACCACAGUCAAGAUGCCAAAGUCGAAGCGUGCGAAGGUCGUCCACUUGUCCAAGACGGACAAGAAGGGCAAGGAGUUGUCGCAGAAGCUGUUCGCAAACGUGCAGGAGGCAGCGGAUAACUAUUCCUACAUCUUCGUCUUCUCGGUCGAGAACAUGCGGAAUUCGUACCUGAAGCAGGUGCGCGCCGAAUUCGCCGACAGCCGCAUCUUCUUCGGCAAAACCAAAGUCAUGGCCAAAGCCCUGGGCCAAACGCCCGCCGACGAACACCUCCCCCACCUCUCGGCCCUCUCCUCCCACCUCACCGGCAACGUCGGCCUCCUCUUCACCAACCGCGAACCCCGCGAAAUCAUCGACUACUUCUCCUCGUACACCGAGACCGACUUCGCGCGCGCCGGCAUCCCCGCGACGCAGACCGUCACCGUCCCCGCCGGCGUCGUGCACUCGCGCGCCGGCCAGAUCCCAGAGGAAGACGACGUCCCGCUGCCGCACAGUUUGGAGGUGACGGUGCGCAAGUGGGGGAUGCCGACGAAGCUGAGUAAAGGGAAGGUGGUGCUCGAUGCCGAGUAUACCAUUUGCAAGGAGGGCGAGAUAUUGAAUAGUCACCAGACGGCGCUGCUGAAGUUGUUUGGUGUGGCCACGGCGGAGUUUAGAAUAGAGAUGAAGGCGUAUUAUUCAUCUGCGACUGAGAGCGUUACGGAGGUGGGGGCGAUGGAGGAGUAGAGAGGGGAGGGCUUUCUCGUCUUUUGUUUUAUGAUGGCGUUUUAGUGGCGUUUUUUGGGUUUGGGAGGGCAUGGGGGAAAAAUUAUGGAAUUGGGGGGGAUGAGUGUAAGGAUUGUUCUCACAUGAGUGCAAUAUACCCUUUCUUGGCGAAGCGAAGAAGUGGACUGGUGAAUUUGGGAGUGGAAGUGGAACGGUUACUGAUUCUCACACAGGCGCAGCGACCUGGGCACACAGCAUUGGUUCGCUCUUCGAGCGGAGCUAUGCCGCAAUAGCUAGAAGUCAGCAAUUCUCGGAGAAGUGCUGAAGAUCUCCCUUCC